GACACAAACACUGUCAGAUUCCUCUGAGCGACUCCAAAUGCAGGACAGAGAAAACUUUUCUGCUCUUAGCCGUUCAAACUCCACAUGCUGACGCUUCGGUAGAUGACUAAAUGGCUGACAGGUCAAAGGAGGCUCUGUGCAGUCUGCACUCUGAGAAACUCAAACUCUUCUGUCUGCACCACGAGCAGCCAGUGUGUCACAUCUGCAGAGACUCGGCGAGGCACAUCAACCACAGGAUCAGGCCCAUCGAGGAGGCGGCGCAGAGGAAACGGAGGGAACUGCGGGAAAAUCUGGAACCCAUAAAGAAGAGGCUGACGCUCGGGAAGAAAGCUAGAGACGAGUUUGAUCGGACGGCAGAACAUAUUAAGUUCCAGGCCAGGCACACGGAGAGGCGGAUUAAGGAGCAGUUCAAGAAGCUUCGGCGGUUUCUUGCAGAGGAAGAGGAGGACAGGCUGGCAGCACUGAGGGAGGAAGAGGAGCAGAAGAGUGGAAUGAUGAAAAGGAAGAUAGAGGCUCUGAGCAGAGAGAUAGCCGCACUUUCGGACAAGGUCAGAGACAUAGAAGAGGAGCUGGGAGAAGAAGACGUCCUUUUCCUUUGCCACUACAGGGCAACAGCGGACAGAGUGAAGCGCUGCCCCCUGCUGGAGGUUCCACUGCUGCCCUCAGGAGUUCUGGUAGACCAGGCCAAACACCGGGGCAACCUGGCCUUCAGCAUCUGGAGCAACAUGAGGGACAUUGUCUGCUACACGCCUCUCGUCCUGGACCCAAACACGGCUGAUGUCGACGUCAAGCUGUCUAAGGACCUGAGCGGCCUGAGACUGGGAGAGAAGCAGGAUCUUCCUGACAACCCAGAGAGGAUCAACGGCUGGUCGUCCGUCCUGAGUUCCACGGCCUUCGACUCGGGGAGUCACAGCUGGGACGUGGACGUUGGAGACAGCUCGUUCUGGACCCUCGGUGUGUUAGCGGAGUCGGUUCAGAGGGAAGGAGAGACCCGGUCCGGACUUUUUGUUGUGGGGUUCUUUGAAGGCGAAUACAAAGCACGGUCGCCGCCGGCUCCUCCCACUACGCUCCCAGUACAGAGGACGCUCCGCAGGAUAAGAGUGAAUCUGGACUGGGACAAAGGCAGGCUGUCGUUCUUUGAUCUGGACACUUACACACACGUGCACACUUUUACACACAUGUUCACCGAGAGGAUGUUUCCGUUCUUUAUCUCGACUGAAAUGAGAAUCCUACCGAUGAAGGUUUCUGUCAUAAAGCAGCAACUCUACUGAAAAAUUACAUCUUCCUGGUUUUAAUAUCAGGCAAUUAAUACUGCAGAUCGCAAAUAUUCAUGUUUGCACAACAGUUUUGAUUCAAUUCAGUACAAUCAAACCACUUUAUCCCAAAUGGAUGUAAUCACAACUCAUGCUAUCCGAAUUUGAAAAGGGAUUUUAAAAACCGAUUCCUAAAAACUAGAUUUCCUCUUGGAAUCUGUGAAGAAAAGAAAAUACUCACUGCGACCUCCUCCUGAGCGUAUUUGUGCCUGUGGGAGUGGGCAGCUGCUAAAUGUUCUACCUUUGUGACAAAUUUAGAAAAACAUGAAGACGAUUCGGGAGAGAAUUAUUAUCUUUGAGCAUCAAUCAGAGGGCGACUUCAUUUCUUUUUGUUUCCUCAGUCAAAUGUUGUUUGAACAUCAGAGACUUUUCUGCGCAAUCAGAGCGAUCAGUUCCCUGCUACCACAAUAAACCAGGUAAUACUUCC